AAUGAAAUCAGGUAGUUCAUGGUUGAAUGCUGUAUAAAUGAAUCCACUUGACUUUGCUGAAAUCGAUUACUUGGAUCCUGCUUUAAAGGAUGGACAUAAGGUCCUAUACGAUCGCAUUUUAAACAUUAAUAUUCGAUUCUAAGAUCGGUUCUCAGAAGUCUAGGAACUAAGUUAACCAGAACCUAUACGUUUAAGAGUUUUAUAAUUAGUAAGGAUAUUAUAUAUAUUAAGGGGUAUUGAUAGUAAUCCAUAAUCAAUUAAAAUUGAAAUAAGUUCAGAGAAGGAUUUGUUCUUUCUGUUUCAUCAUGAAGCCACUAUUAAUAGUUUUACUUAAAUAAAAGCAUUGUAAAAUUUACAAAUGCCAUUUAAAGAUUAUGCUCAGAUUACUAUAGCAACUUUAAAUAAGGUUGAAUAAAAUUUUAAUGGGUAUUUAAGAUCUCUAUAUCAAGUUAUGGAGCUAUCUUUUAAGUGAUGUUGGAUGGUUCAGCUAGAUUGGAAAUCAAUUAAACAACAGAAUUCAGAAGUAUACAUAUGAUCCACUUUGAUUUUCAUUAAGUUGAGGAAUCAUUCCUAAGAUAAACAAUAGUGUUUAAAUACAAUCAAUAACGAAAAGAAAUUAAGUAUCUUACUCAAUCAUUAAAUGAAUGUAAAAUGAGAGCCACUGGAACAUUCAAAUGAU